CCACAUCCCACCAAACAACCAAUCUCUCAGCCACUUCUACCCCUUCCCUCAUAGCCCCCUCUUCAAUUACUAGCCACUCUUCAGCGAGCACCCACUUCUUGCGACCUACAAUGCGUCUUGUUGCUACGAUCUCUCUUCUCUCUGCAAUUGCUGCUGCGUCAAACUACCAAGCCAACCCGGCUCCCUCCCCUGCAUACUCGAACCAACCCGCAUACCCCGUUUAUUCUGGCGGCCAUGUGAUUCCGACAUACGUCCACGAUGGUGGCUACCAUACUGGUAAUGGUGGUGACCAUCAUGAUAGUGACAAGUAUAAAUCCAAGGGUGGCAACGGUGAUUACCAUGCUAGCAACGACAAUGAUAAGUACAAGACCAGCGGCAGUAACGGCGGCUAUCAUGCUGAUCACGAUGGCAACAAGUAUAAGGCCGACCACGAUGACAAGUACAAGGCCAACGGUGGUAACCGCGAUUAUCGCGCUGACAACGACAGUGGCAAGUACAAGGCUGACCACGAUGGUGACAAGUACAAGGCUGUCCAUGAUAGCGACAAGUACAAGACCAACGGUGGUAACCGUGACUAUCAUGCCGACAACGACAGUGGCAAGUACAAGGCCGACCACGAUGGUGGCAAGUACAAGGCUGACCACGAUAGCGGACAAUACAAGGCUGACCACGAUGGCGACAAGUACAAGGCCGACCACGAUGGUGACAAGUACAAGGCUGACCACGAUGGUGACAAGUACAAGGCCGACCACGAUGGUAGCAAGUACAAGGCUGACCACGAUAGCGACAAGUACAAGACCAACGGUGGUAACCGUGACUAUCAUGCCGACAACGACAGUGGCAAGUACAAGGCCGACCACGAUGGUGGCAAGCUGACCACGAUGGCGGACAAGUACAAGGCUGACCACGAUGGUGACAAGUACAAGGCCGAUCAUGAUGGCGAUAAGUACAAGGCUGACCACGAUGGUGACAAGUACAAGACCAACGGCGGCUAUGGUAAGGGUGGUUACCAUGAUGGGAAAGGCAAGGGGGACUGCACUACUAGAACUCCUCCUGCCCCUGGGCCAACGUAUGUUGCCAACCCUGCCCCAGCCCCUAGCUCCUGCCCCAGCCCCUGCCCCAGCUCCAGCUCCAGCUCCAGCUCCAGCUCCAGCUCCAGCAAGCCACUAUCAGCCAUGGUCUCAAAACCUUUCAUUAACACCAGGCAUCCCUUCAACCCACCCCUCUAUACUUUUGGCUUUAUGCUUUUCAACAAUGUCCUACCCCAUGACUAUGCCAGGAUUCUUAAUUUUGACGUGACCAAGCCCAUUUGCAGCGUUCCAUUGCAAAUGUAA